GCGUGUCCUGCUAGAUUGGCUUCCUCAACAUGGCGUCGCCCUUGUGUGUGAAGGUGGAGUUCGGAGGUGGUGCGGAGCUCCUGUUUGAUGGAGUGAAAAAACAUCAAGUCACCUUGCCUGAGCAAGAGGGACCCUGGGACAUCCGGAACCUCCUUGUCUGGAUCAAGAAGAACUUGCUAAAAGAGCGGCCAGAGCUGUUCAUCCAGGGAGAGAGUGUGCGGCCAGGAAUUCUGGUGCUGAUUAACGAUGCCGACUGGGAACUGCUGGGGGAGCUGGACUACCAGCUGCAGGACCAGGACAGCAUCCUCUUCAUCUCCACACUGCACGGCGGCUGAGGGCUCCUCUGUGAGCCCAGGCACCUUUGUGAGGGGAGCACAGGACAACCACACCUCUCCUUGGGCCCUGCUUCCAGGUCCUCAGUCCCCUUGGCUGCCUCCUUCUCUGCUGUACCCCUGAGCUCCCUCUAGGCAGGGAAAAGAGGCCAGGUGCUAAAAAUGAGCCUUUCUGGGCAAGGCACGUGAGCAGGGAGAGAGAGCAGACGCCUGAGCCCAGCACUCCUUCCCGCAGAGGUGGGGGAGGGUGCUCCUGUAAUAUGUCAGGAGUGGAGGGGGCUCUAUGCCCAGGUGACCCAGCUGCUUGCCACUCCUAUGUCUUGGUAUAUCUAAGCACUGAGUGACUGCCUUGCCACUCCUGUGUCUUGGUAUCUAAGUGUAUCUAAGCACUGAGUGACUGCCUGAAAGGCAUCUUCAUGGGGAAGAUGGAUGGACUGGAGUAACUGAUGAGAAGCCCCUCUCUUGCCAAAGAUUAGAGGGGCCUCCGCCUCAGUUUCCCCAUCUGGACACUGAAGACUCUGCUUGUCCCCUACUGAUAUCAUUAUGGAACCCCAGCUGGGGUCCCCUAUUCACUGCUCACCUCCCUCCCUCCACCCAGCAGCUGCUCUCCUAGCCACACCCCUCCCCCCCAGCCCUUGACCCUGGCUGGCCUCCCCCCUACAUAGGCUACCAGAUGGGCUCCUGAGACACUCUCCAGACUGCCUACAACUCAUUCUGCUAGGGAGAAAAUGUAGGGAAGUAACCUAACCUUAGACAGCAGGCAGGGCCUCCAUGUGUAUAUAACUCCUAGCUUCCUGAAACAAGCAAGGUUUGAAUGUGCAGCACCUGGUAGAUAGAGGAUUGUGCCCCCCUUUCCUCCAUCCUUUCUGGAAAUCUGGGGACCUUGUGCCUACAGCAGCUGGCCUUGGGCAAAUAAAGAGACUAGGUUUUUUACUA